AAUGUCUCUGUGUUUGUUUUUGAUAAAACUCUAAUCAAUUUAAACAAAAAAAUUUCGUCUUUAUUUUUGAUCAUUGCAAUGAUUAAUUAAACAAAAAAAAAAAAAAUAAACUUUGUGUAAAUAAACAAACAGAAAAAAUGGGAAAAGAAUUACUGUCAUGCAGAGAUGUUCUCUGGAUAUUAGUAUUUUGUGGUUUUGCAAUAAAUUAUAUGCUGAGAAUAAAUAUGAAUUUGGCUAUAGUUGCAAUGAUAGUACCACGUACCAAAGCAGCAGCAGUUGCACAAUGCUCAGCACCUUAUAUUGUUUCGACCGGAAAUUGGAAAAAUAAUACGAAUAAUAACUCAUCAAUAUUUUCAACAUCAAGUAUUGUUCCGAAUUCUUCGAUAGGACAAUUGUUUGAUUGGGAUGAGUACGAGCAAGGUCUUGCUCUGGGUGGAUAUUAUUGGCUACACUGGUUGUCGCAAUUACCGGGUGGUCUUCUGGCCCGGCGUUAUGGCACCAAAAUGGUGUUUGGUCUAGGAAAUUUGACGAGUGCAAUACUUGGAUUAUGUAUUCCAUUCGUUACUCACUAUCAUCUGUAUGCUCUAGUAACAGUCAGAGUUUUCCAAGGCUUGGUUUCGGGUGUGAUGUGGCCGGCAAUGCACGACAUGACUGCUAAAUGGAUUCCGCAGAAUGAAAGAAGUAAAUUUGUCAGUGCAUAUAUGGGUAGUUCCGUUGGAGCAGCUAUUACUUAUCCACUUUGUGCGUUUAUUAUUAAUUUACUGAACUGGGAAGCAGCUUUUUAUGUGACUUCUUUAAUUGCCAUAAGUUGGUGUGGAUUUUGGUACUUUUUGAUUUUUGAUUCGCCGAGAAUUCAUCCAAGAAUUUCACAAACUGAGCAAAAGUACAUACUGGAAAACACCGCGGGCACAAUUCAAACAAAAAAUUCUGGUGAAAAAGUUCCAUGGAGCCAAAUUUUAUUGUCUUGGCCACUUUGGGUCACUGUGAUUGGUCAAUGGGGUGGCGCAUGGGGUUUCCUGACCUUCAUGACUCAGGCACCAUCAUACUUCAAUUUCGUACAUGGUUGGAAUUUAAAAGCCACUGGAUUAUUUUCAGGACUUCCUCAUAUUUUAAGAAUGCUCGUCUCUUAUUUCUAUUCGAUUCUAAGCGACUGGUUGCUGCGAACCAAAAGAUUGUCGCUGAAAAACGUCAGAAAGUUAGCGAACAUGGUAACAACCGGUGGCGGAGCUAUUCUGACUCUCGGAUUAGCCUUCAGCGGAUGUCAGCCAACACUAGCAAUAUUUUUUAUGAUGACAGGAACGGCUGUCAAUGGUGCGGUUUCUGCUGGCACCUUAGCAAAUUUAGUGGACUUGAGUCCUAAUUUCGCGAGUGUCUUGUUAGGAUUUUGCGGGCUCAUUACCGGUAUAUCUGGUUUUGUUUCUCCAUUAGUCGUUGGUAUUCUAACAAAUCACAAGCAAACUGUUGAACAAUGGCGGCUAGUUUUUAUAAUUGCCGCUGUAAAUUUAACAAUAAGUGCAGUUGUCUACACAAUUUGGGGUACUUCUGAUGUACAAUCGUGGAACAAUCGUUCAGAUAAAGUUGAUUCGACUGCUGAAGAACUAGUAAAAUUAAAAGUCAAAGUUAAUGAUGAGUUUAGAGAUGGAGACAAUUUAAAAAAAGAAAAAAUAAAUAGUGAAAAAAAAUCAAUGGUAUAAAAAUAAUGAAUAAUAAAUAAUAAAUAAAAAACUUAAUUAAAUGUAUAGUAGGAAAUAAAUAGU